GACAAGUUUUCAUAGAGAAUAAAAUGUGACAUUGAUGCAUCAAAGCGGUUUGUUUACAAAGGGCCUACCGCGAAAUUUAGUUAGCUGCCUCUUUAUCGCUCAAACAGGCAAGAGCGAUAGAGAGGUUAGAUAACGAAAUUUCGAUUUUCUUGUUUCGCGGUAGACCCUCAGAUUGUGAUGGAUUGUGGUAGUGGCGCCCCCCUACGCAGAGUUUCGCGUAAUAUUCCUUAUUCUCGUGAAAUUUGGUGAGCAGCAAGGCCUGUCGAACUUGAUACCGUGCACGUGUAACGAAACGUAAGAUCAACGUAAAAAAAGUAAUGACAAAAUCAAAAGUCAAAGUCAAAUUGACAAGACAAGACAUUUUUGCAUCAUAGAAAUUGAAAAAGUGUACAAAUUACACCGUGGAUUUAUCAAUCAGUAACCAUUUUUAUAACAGAAAAGUGUUAGAAAAACUUAAAAAGCUGCCAUCGCCUGAAAUUUGGAACAAAUGCACUCUGACCUCUAACAUAUAGUGUAGUGAGCGAAAUGCCACAGAAGGGUGAGGACGUGUGUGAACUCCCGGGCUUUGCAGAUGUCUUGGAGGAGUCUGAACAGGUACUACGAAAAUGCUUCAAACAAUACAAAACCGACGAAGUGUUCCUGUCAUUCAACGGUGGCAAAGACUGCACCGUGCUCCUGGACAUAGCCAUCAAUGUGCUGACCGAUGUAUACAAAGACAAAUCUGUGAUUAAGAACCUUAAGGUUCUUUACAUAAGGACUAACAGUCCAUUUAGAGAACUAGAAGCGUUCGUGAAGCAAGUGGAGCUCCACUACGGCAUCACACUUGAAGUAACCGAAGGCGAGUUGAAAAGCACCUUGCAAAGGAUAGUGGACGAAGACAGUAGGCUUAAAGCCUGUCUCAUGGGCACGAGGCGGACCGACCCGUAUAGUCAAGAUUUGCAAUUUAUGCAGAAAACGGAUGCCAACUGGCCACAAAUAAUGCGAGUAUCACCACUGCUGAACUGGUCGUACCAUCAGAUAUGGAGCUACAUCCUGGCGCGGCAGGUGCCGUACUGCAGUCUCUACGAUCAGGGAUACACAUCAAUAGGCAGCACGCUGAACACGUGGCCGAACCCGGCGCUAGCCCUGGGCGCGGGCUACCGGCCCGCCUGGCGGCUCGCCGACGGCGCCCGCGAGCGCGCCGGCCGGGUGCCGCCCGACGCGCAGAACGGACUCAAUGGGAAACGUGAGAAUCUAUAGUGAUAAAACCACAGAAACGUAAAUACACAGAUACACAUCAACCCGACCUGCGCUCGGAGACGUAACCCGAGAGUGCGCCGGUCGGUUCGUUCGGCACCCGACACGCAGAAUGGAGUCAAUGGAACGUGAAAAGCUUUAUAGGUCCGUACGUAUCAGGAGUAGAUAAAUGCAGAUUCAUAUUUAGCGUUUUAUGCCUUUUUUCGUAAUCAUGUACAGUCCUGGACUUUAAUUGUUGAUGCAUUUAGGGUUGACUUUACAUUAGACAUUUCAUACCGUUAUACAACCAAAUUAGCUUGAACCUUAAAAGUCCGUAACUGUACACGAGGAUGACCAAUGCAAUUUUCUUUCAUACAUUAAGCCAUUCAAAUUAACAUCGUUCUAUGCUAAUGGACUAGCUGUGACCAACCGAAUUGAUUUGAUAGCCUUUUUACAAAAGACGAUUACAUUAAACCGUUACAAUUAAAUCGUCCUGUACUUGAUUGAAAUAUCUGGAUCGAAAUUUUUGUAUUAUUUAGCGUAGUUGAUGGUCUCGGUAACGUGCCUCGUGUAAAAACUAACAAUUAUUCGAGAUAACAAAUAUUGUAAAAUUAAAUAAUGUUUAAAACAAGAACACCUAAUAAAUGAAUCAAAUUUUAACUCAUUUAAAUGAUAAAUAAAUAAAUAUUAUAGGACAUUAUUACACAUAUAUAACGUAAAUGUAUUAUUUAUAACGGGGGCCGAUAGUAAAAUCCGCCAGAUCAUUAAAUUCCUAGGCAUAUUGUGAAACGUGAAAAUCAUUGUGUCAUUCAGGGAUCGGAAACCGGUAUUUUUUGUAUGGGAACGAAAACUGUAUUUUUUCGUUCUUUGCAGUUUUCGUUCUUUGUUAAUUAUUUCAUUCCUAAUCAGGCAAUCUAAUAAUACGAAGUCGCUAUCUAAAAACACAACUGAGUCCUACAUUUUGAGUAUAAAAUAAACCGAAAUAUAUGGUUAUUUCAAUGUUUUUGCAAAAAACCGGUUCCGAUCCCUGGUGUCAUUCUCUUAGUCGACGGAGCCCAGCGGGGCUCCUAUUUCUGGACAGUUUGCCCUUCAGACAUAUGAAGCAACCUGACGAACCUAUCCUACCUAUCUAUUAAUUUGCCCUCAAAACAUUACACAGGAACUUUACGAUCAGGCGGAUGUUACGAUCGCCCGUGACAUGUACAAAGCGUCACGCCUCAUCAUCUUAUAGAUGGCGCUUUUUAUUGUGUUUGUAUUUUACUUCACACGCUAUUCAACUUUCAUCUCACUGCUAUUUAAAAGCUACAAUCGAAUAAUAAAACCAUUUUAGGCAUAUAUAUUAUAUUAACCUAAUAAUACUCGUAAAUAAAAUACAAUGUGGUGAUAAGUUAAAAGGAAAUCAAAUUUUAUGUUCACACAGGCAGCUUUCUUAAGUUUAAAUUUUAAGUUCUAUUAAUCGACCAAGUGUUAGAAAAUAUUUUAGUACUUACUUACUAUUUAUUCAUUAGACAUACAUAUACCUAGAUUUAAUUGAAAGAAUAGUUUUGUAUAUUUUUGUAAGUUAGUCGUGGAAUUUGUAGACUUAAUAGUUAAAUUAUGAAGAUAUAAUUAUUCGUAACAGUGCAUUGUGUAUUAAGGGCGGUAAGAAAUCACGAACGAGUGUAAAUUGAAGCCCGAAGCCGAAGGCGAGGGGUUAAUUAACAAGAGUAAUUCCUGUAUCGCCCGUGGCACACACAAUGUUUUUCAUCUCAUUUCUGCUUUUCGAACGUACAUUACAGCAAGUGUGAUAAAAAAAAAACAUUACAGCCCUAGGUCGAAAUUUAGGAUUUACGAAUCGCAUCGCCUACGUGUAAUAAGUUAACACCUUUUACGAGCAAGUGUGAUGAAAAUUUACGUUUCUCAAACUUGAAAUGAAAUGUUGACAUGACUUACUGGUCAGGAAAUACUACAUAUCAGGUGCGAUGAGUGAAGAUGAUAUGUAAAGGAAUUUCAUACAGCCUUACACACCUAGGCCUGUAAGGCAACCUUCUUUUGUUAUUAAACGUCAAAUUAUGGCACGUGUUAGCAUUCAACCGUAAAAAAUCUAUAAGCAAAAUUCUGCCAUUAUGCUUUUUUUUUUGUCUUUUUUUGUUUUUUUGUGUUUGUUAAAUAUUAUAUCAAGGGGUUCAAAGGGGAACAAACAUUUCAUUAUUUUUGUGCUACGACGCACGGUUUAGGAGAUACAGCCCCAUAAAGUUUUUUAUUUUCAGUCAUGCUGAAAUCUUUAUAGGGCUGUAUUUCCUAAACCGUGCGUCGUAGCGUAAACAUAAUCAAAUUUUCGUUCCCUUUCAAUACCCCACGCACUGAAUAACCUAUCACAUUAGGACAUGAAACAAUCAUCAUCAUCCUAUUUUUUUUUUAAUUUAUCAAUGCAAGUUUGAGAAAAGCACUAUACAAAUCUCGGCGAGAAACGGGGUUGCCGGACGCGUAUCCCUAUCCGAUACGCGGUCUAUCUCUAUCGCAAGGGCGUCGCCACCGAAUGGGCUAGGGGGGCAGUUCAUGUGGCCGAUGGACAAGGAGAGGGGGAGAGAAAUUAUUUAUGCCACGGCGCAAGCUCUCAUCUCUUUUAUUUUACCAACAGAGGCUCCAUACUAGUAUACGAUACUUCUAGUUUCUGGUUGACUGAUGGUUUCUACUACUUUGGGAAUAAAUCAAAUUUCAUUGAAAUAUUAUGAUUUGUGUUAUUUUAAGUAGUCACACUAAGGUUAGGUGGGGUAUGAGGCAAAGCAAAAAACUUGUAAGAAAAAUAAACAGAAAUACUUACUUAAAGUUAUUAAAAACGAAAUUGAAGGGUAACACUAAAAUGAAACUAAGCAUAUAUAAAAUUAAAAUGUUUAUUUCAGGCAAGUAGAGGCCCAUAAAUAAAUACCUUAAAACUAACAUACAUAUUAUAACAAUAUAUCCUACAAAUCAUAUUAUGGUUGCGAUGCAUCACGCAACCCCGCAGUGUCAAGCUGUCAAGGAGCCGGCCUCGGAAUCUCUCUGAAUAAGAUAGAAAAUCAAAC